AUGCCACGACGCACCAGCAUCUCCGAGGGCUGGGAAGAGGUCUCGGACGACGACUUUUCAGUCAUCUCCGCACCGGGGACCGAUGACGAGGCUGAAGCACUCUCGCACUCAGAAGCCGGCAUAUCCAAACCCACCCGUCGUCCAUCGCCGCCUCCCAAGACAACAGCUCCGAUACCGAUCUCUCGUCCGCCUGCUCCCGAUGGUGCCGCCAUCGAAUGCCCCCCGGCCAUCUCGAAUCCCACCGGGCUCCCUUCUGUGGCACCCCUCGACCAUCCUUUCCUACCCACCGACAGAACAAGCGGCAAGACUGACAAGAACAAUGACACCUCGGAGACAAGAGGGGAGGACGACCCGUCGAAUCCCUUCAAUGCGGAAGAAUACCAAUAUGAGUCGGACGAUGCUGUGGAGGAGCUUCUCGACUCCCACCCCGACCCAGACCCAGCCUUCUUUCUCCGAGUACUACGGUCUCUGUCCGAGAUCAUCACAGAGACAAAUCAGUCAAGCAAAGAGCUCAUGCCAUUCAGCGGACUGUCACACAGAGUCUCCAGUGUCUGCGGCCUCCUCUCAAUGCAGGUCGAUGAGCUGAUCCCCAUCGUUUCCAACUACUCACGGCUCUGGAGUGUGGCGUCAAGAGACAUCCCUCUCGACCCGAACCUACAUGGAUGGAUGUCUGGGGUGAGGGUGAAGCUGCUAGGCUUGCAAGCUGAGAUGCAACGACAUGCUCGGGCGGAGGUCCCAGCUGCGGAUACCGUGGCUCUGCAGGAAUACCAUGCUGCCUUGUCCGAGUAUCAGUCACAAAUGCAAGACUUCUUGCCCAUCAUGCAGGUAGAUUACAACGAGUUCCAGACCCAGCAAAUGAACUUCCCCACCCUGCAGGGUGGUGCUGGUGCCUCCACAGCUGCAAGCAGGACAUCGUCAUCCACAGCCUCGACGAGCGCCAUGCCGAUCCCCAUCCGCAACGCCCAACCCCGUCAGCCGUGCCGGCCCACCCCGAGCUCCGACAUGUGGGUCCUCCGACAAGAGCUCUACCGCCUCAAGGACGAGAUGCAGCGUACGAUCGAGCUGCUCUCCGACUGCGUGUCGGCCCUCCCCUCGAGCGGCGCGGGCCUCGCCUCGGACGUGAUCCAGUCCUACGGCGCCCUGUUCAACACGGUGACCCUGAUCCUGUCCAAUCACGGAUCGGACUGGAUCGAGCACGGCUUGAGCGGCGGGCUCACCUAUGCCGAGUUCACGCAGCUGGACAUCGUCUCGGUCCGCGACUUCAGGGCACGCCUCGCCCAGAUCUGGGAGGCUCUGGCGGUAGAGCAUCUCCGCGGCUGUGGCUCCUGGAGCGCGCAGAUGGUGGAGAACCAUCGGCGCCACAUGCUGAUGGACGAGGGGCAGCUCGAUCGCCUCGAGACUCUGGCCGAGGUGCUGACUGCGACGCUCAAUCCAGAGCGUAACUCGGGUAGCACACACCCGUAG